CAAUCCAUUCAUUCUUCAAACUUACUCCUUCAUUUUAAACCAAAACAAAACAAAAAAGAAUACAAAAUAUAAAACCAUAAACAACAUAAAACAAUGGCAAGAGUUCAGUUAUUAUUAUUAUGUUUCACCAUUCUCUUUGCAUCAGUGACCUUUAUGGAACAUGUUUCAAGUGCCACCACCGCCACCACCACCUCUAGCACAACAGUGGCAGAACUGGAGGCUGAGACAUCCAAAGAAGUCAUGGAGUUCAUAAUGAAACUCGAGAAGAAGUGUCCGCCAAAGGAGGAAUACAAGUCUUUCUUCGAGAAACUAAAGGCUACAAUGGUAGCCUCCGCAAAGGUCACUCAAGAAAAGAAGAAAGGUUUCUUCUCUGCUGCAGCUGGAAAAAUAUCCGACGCAGUGUCUUUCAUUGGUUCAAAGUUUACUGGCAAGUCAGCUGAGGCGAAGAAAUCGAUGGAGACCUACCAACAAGAGGUGGCCAAGUCACUGCAAGAGUUAGAAGCCAUCCACAAGAAAAUCAUUGAAGCAAACCAAGGCAAGGUAGAGGGGUCAGUGGCGGUGACAGCAGAACAAAAAACUGAGAUUAAACAAACGAUCACCAGAUGGGAGACAGUCACCACUCAAUUCGUGGAGACUGCUAUCCAGACCGAGGCGGCUUCAAAUACUACAGUUGGUGUAGACAAAGUCAAGCUACCUUGAGCUCUCUCAGAGACUUAUCCACUACAUUCAUUUUGCCACUAUACAUAUAUAUUAUUAUAAUCAAAGGCUAGCUAAUAAUUUAGAGAUUUUUGUGUUGGUUGAAAUAAAACCAAGAUUGGUAUAGGCCAAUCAUAUAGAUCUAUGGAUCUACCUAUUUGAGUAAG